AGCCAAAACCCGAACCCAAUCGAGCCGGAAACUAACCUUAAGCUACCGGAAACGAUCAAAAUCGGUAAAAGAAUAACCUUCCAAGGUUUAGAGGCGACGUCGUCGGCUUUACACGAAGAUUAUGAUUUCAAGGAUUUAAAAGCCACCAGAUUUCCAUUGUCGAUUCAACAGCUUCUUCUUCGAGAUUCCAAGCUUAGAAACACAGAGUAUGUUUACGGAGCUGUUGUCUUCACUGGACACGACACAAAGGUGAUUCGAAAUUCAACCGAUCAUCCGUCGAAGAGAAGUAGAAUCGAGAGAAAAAUGGACAAAAUCAUCUACAUGACUAUCGAGACAGGAGAGGAUAUAGAGAGAAACAGACGAUGGUACCUAAAACCAGAAGAUGCGGAGAUCUUCUUUGAUCCAGAAAGAGCUCCAAUGGCUGCCAUUUACCAUGUCUUCACAGCGGUCAUGCUCUACAGUUACUUCAUCCCUAUCUUGCUUUACGUCUCUAUCGAAAUCGUGAAAGUUCUUCAGAAUAAACCUGCGCACGCAAGAAUGUCUAAUCUCAACAAAGAGCUCGGGAUGGUCGACACGAUUCUAUCCAAUAAAACCGGAACCUUGACCUGCAACUCCAUGGAGUUUAUUAAGUGUUCUAUCGCGGGGACUGCUUAUGGACGCGGUAUAACCGAAGCUGAAAGAUCUAUGGUUAUGAGAAGCGGCGGUUCGACUUUGGUUGAUGAUGAUUUGGAUGUUGUGGUUGACCGGUCUGGUCCUAAGGUCAAAGGGUUUAACUUCGAGGACGAGAGAGUUAUGAAAGGGAUUGGGUUAAGCAGCGAGAAGCAGCUGUUUUUCUUCAUCGCUUAU